GUCAUUCGCUUAUUGCAGUCAUUAAUAUUUAUGGAUUCAAAUCGUGAUUUUUUUUAUAUCAGAAAUAUUGAAGUCACAGGAAAACAUGCAAGUGCUCUUGACAAAAAUAAUCUCAGUCGUUAUUGAGAUAAAGGAUACAAGUUAUAGGUCGUAAAAUUAUCACAACGAUCUUGAUGUUUUCUUACAUUAUUAGAUGAUACGUGCAAAAUUCUGCGUUACAUCACGAGCGUUUUUCUUCCGAUGUGUCAAAUCGUACGAGUGCGUGUAAAAUUAGCUGCAGAUUAUUUUGCAGCGACAUCCAUAAAUUGAUACGUGUCUAAUCGUAUUCGAUCAUGUUGACGUAUCGCCGUAGUUACAUAAUUCGAGGUUUCCUAACUGCUGUCACAGCGAAAGCAGUGUAACUCGUAACACCGCGUAACAGGCCAAUCAUUGACGAGGCGCAAUGUAAAUAAAUAAAAAUAUGCUUCACUCGACAAAACUACGUUCGCUUUCUCUUAAUUCAUAUGAAGGUUUUCCUCUUUUUAACGAGACGUUUAAAAUUUAAAAUAAAAUCGAGGUUUAGGACAGAAACGAGUUGUUCUUGCAAUGACACGUAAUUUGCAAAUCAUUUAAGAGAAACAGGUAUCUUGUACUUUGCCUCGUGACUUCGAGUAAAUGGCAAAAACUUACCAUGCGCAGGGAAAGUUUUCCGAACAUUCGAUCCUUAUUACCUGAUCACCUUUGGAAGUCGAAUUGUUAAUCAUUCAAAUCUUUCUUCUUAAUCUCUAACGAAUGACAGACUGUAAAUCAGUCCGCUGAUAUUUUUCUAGAAAAUAGGUUUUCGCUAGGUGAAUUUUUUAAAAUAUAGAUACUGCAAAAGAAGAAGAACAAGAAGAAGAAGAACAUAUUUUACCUGAAAUCGUAUCCACCUACUAUAUUUCUUUUAGCUUAUGUAUCCACCUACUCAAAUUCCUGUUACAACUCUCUAAACUCUGACCAAUUUCAUGACCUCACCAUACCUCCUCUGCCGGCACCACUCCCAUAUUUGACGCAAGCUAUUCGAAAGAUAGCUAAACACAAAUCGGUCUCCUUUAGUCACAUUCAUUCUACAGUUAGGCGGCGACCACUACGAAAGGCGAUGUGGUUGUGACCUUGAUCACCGGCAACGUCCUCGACAUUCCCGUAGGAUAGACACGGAGGUGGGCAACGAUGGACGCAGGAUUGGCCGUGGUAGAGUGCGCGAUUGGUCCGAUGGUCUGUCGACAGACAACCGCCACUCCGUUAUCAUCGUCACUGGACGCUCGUGUGUCUUCGAACCUGUAACUAUCUACAGCCAACGCAAACCAUUCUUCUGGGUGUUAAAAAACUAUAAGAGUGUUGAUCGUGACUUGGUUCAUGAACGAAGAAUAUUAUCGGGAUCUUUGUCGAUUGUUCGCGUGUCUUUGGACCUGCAGCUACUCGCACCUGACGCCAGUUAUUCUUCUGGACGCUAUAAAAUCAUAAAGGUAUCAUAGACGACAACCUGAGUUACAAAGCAAUAUUAGAAUCUUCGUCUCUUGUUCAUGUGUCUACGAAUCUGCAGUUACUCGCAACGUGUAUCAUCGUCAAUACUAUAAUAUUAAAAAAUAUCGUCCAUCGUGACUUGAACAAACAAGGAAUAUUACCAGGGCCUUCGACAAUUGUCCGCGCGUUGAGCAUGAAGAAAUGUCUCAAACGACACUGAAAAAGGCGUUUGCACGCUUCCCUCGUUGGUUCUGUGUGAUUAAGGAUCCAAGGAACAUCUCACGCCUCGUGUAUCUAACGAGUUCUCGAGUAUUCGCGUACUUUCGUACAGUCAAUAAGACAGUAUCGCGGUCUUGCGAUUGCUACCUGUUGAUCGUGUCGUCUACACUCGACCAUUGCGAAAUGUACAAAUCGCGAGCAUCGGUUGUAGUCGGUUGAUUUUGUCGACUGUUGUGGGCAGACGUGCUGCGGUAGUGGUACAGUGAGGACCGUUGACAAGUUGCUGGACACGUCCUGAUGUUCGUCGGAUCGUGAAUUUGUGACUGAGACGACGCUUGUGGUUUUUACUUCGGAACAAGUGCAGUGUGAAAGGUAGGCCAUGAUCCAGUUGCUUUAAGUUGGGAAUUGUUUGUGGUGAUAGAUACGUUAUUCAUAUGAUUUUGAUCAGAGUUAUGUUUCUUUGAAAUGAAAGACGGUGGUGGUAAUUUAUCGAUAUUCGUGAAAAGUGUAUUUGAUUCGUGUAUUAAUUAGAGAAAGUACCACUUUCGUUUUGGAUUGCCACUUGUUCGAGAGAAUCUACGUGUUUGGAGUGGAAAUUUAGCGAAAUUUGAGUACACGGAAUCGUACAUAGAUGUUUCAUUAAUUUUGACGUCAACAAUGUUUGUUAAUCCGAUACGAUCGCCAAUGAACGCAUACAUUUUUUAACUUCAACGAAUCUUUAUAAGAAUCUCUCUAUCAAGGAUACAUCGAAUCAUGUUGCCAUCGUCGAAGUUGCUCCAGGACGAUCCGCCAGAGCUUGCCAACGCAACCACCACCUCCAGGACUUCAACAAACGGACCCACCACGCAGACAACGAUCACCGUCGAAGACGUUGAGAGAAACGAUGACGAUCCUCCGCCUUACAGCGCGAUUGUUCCACCGAAUCACGUCGGUUGGCCGUACAACUUUUCAGGAAAUCGGUAUUCCGCGUGCAAUACAACAUCCUGCAGGACGGACGCGACUCCGUUGGCUGGCUUCCAACCAGGUCUGACGUCGCCAGGUUUUGGUUCCCAUCCCAGGAGAACCGACGGUCAACACGCGUCAAUCUCGGUGCCAUCAAUGCCUUGCAGGCUGUUCAUGUUCGGCUCCCGCAGAUCUUUGUUCGCGAGAGAAAGUUCCACGGAUAACAUCUCCAUAAUCAAGGAUACAGGUGGAAGGACACGAAAAUACGGCGCCAUUUUGGUCGGUGGAGCGGUGAUCAUUUUCCUCAUGGUCUUGUCGUUGCUGGUGCGAUUUAUUAUGGACAAACAUCUUUGGCGUGGCUAGCCAAGGAUUCUUGGAAGAUGACGAUAAAACGUAUAACGAUCUAGCGCGACGUGUUCUCGAUUUAGACUGAAUCUAGAGUAAGCAUUAUCACAGUGUAAUUCUUCGUCGCAUUGCAGGUGUAAUUAGGACGCGAUUGUCGCGCAAAGAAAAAAAUUCCAGUCCUGUAACUCGUACGUCAUCUAUUGUGCAUACUUUCAUCGUUCAAUUCACCGGCUAAUAAGUGCGAUAUUUACGCGUAUUUCUGGAAAUAACAUACGUUUAAGUCCUUUGUUUAAGGUUCAACGUUUCCUUAGAGCGUUCUUUUUUUAAUACAUUACACACGAUCUAUUUUAUGAUUAAAUGUAAUAUACUGCAGUCCUAAAGCAGUAUUAGAUGCGCCAUAAGACAAUCUGUAAAUAAUUACUCUCGAAUAUUUGUAUAAACUUUUCUGUACUAUCUACAUUAGAAUAUUUUGUACUAUCUGUUUUAUAUCGAAGCUUUUGUACAAUAUUUGUGGAAAUAAGAUUGACAAGUUUCGAGAAA